AAUAUAUUAAUUUUGUUUCCCAAUUUUUGUAUUUCUAUUUGCAUCUGCAUUGAUUCUUUCCUUCGCCCAAAUCAGAAAACUAAAGAUUGCAGCUUUAAAUACAAUAUUUUGGCAGGUUUCACCUGCUACAAUUAGAUUUUGUCUGGCAUUUUCCUAGUUUUGUCUUCCCAUCUCCACUUUCUUUGUCGAUAUUUUCACUAAAAGACUUGAUUUUUGGAUCGCUAGAUUCUUGAUUUUCCGGCACUGGUGGGAAAUUCCGGCAGUCGGCUUCUGGAGGAAUUGUCAACUGCGUGUUUCAGUUUCGAACCAAUCACUUGUUUCUCUCUCUAGACACGCGUGACUCUCCGGAUACGACUCGUGUACUGCUGAAUUCAGAUAUUAAUGGCUGCUCUUUUUCUUCCAAAUGGGUAUCUCUAUCUAUGAUCAUACCACCGUCGCCGAUCCUUCCAUGGUCAACGCUUUGAUCUGAGUCUUCUUCUUUCUCAACCACUUCUCCCCAAUCUUUGAAAUCUAAAACCCCAACUCUGGUUAAGGAAAACAGAUCAAAGAUGAUGCGUAUGAAGACGAAGCCAACGGAACCCACUUCCAUCAACGGUAGUGGUGAUAACGAAUGGGAGGUCCGGCCAGGAGGAAUGCUGGUCCAGAAACGAGAUCCAAAUGCAGAACAUACGCGAAUUCCUCCACCAACUAUUAGAGUUCGGGUCAAAUACGGGUCGAUAUACCAUGAAAUCCAUAUCAGUUCUCAAGCCACUUUUGGGGAAUUGAAGAAGAUGUUAUCUGGGCCGACAGGAUUACACCAUGAAGAUCAAAAACUGAUGUAUAAAGAUAAAGAAAGGAACUCGAAAACUUUUCUGGAUGUUGUGGGUGUUAAGGAUCGAUCAAAGAUGGUUUUGUUGGAAGACCCAAUUAGCCAAGAAAAAAGGUAUCUUGAGAUGAGAAAAAAUGCAAAAAUGGAGAAGGCGGCUAAAUCAAUAUCUGAAAUUAGCUUGGAGGUCGAUAGACUUGCAGGCCAGGUGUCGGCGUUUGAAUCGGUUAUUUCGAAAGGAGGGAAAGUGGCGGAGAAGACUCUGUUAAAUCUAAUCGAGUUAUUGAUGAACCAGCUGCUUAAAUUGGAUGGAAUUAUGGCUGAAGGAGAUGUAAAAUUACAGAGAAAAAUGCAGGUGAAAAGGGUUCAGAAGUACGUGGAAACUCUCGAUGUUUUAAAGAUUAAAAACUCGGUUACAGGCAGCACCGGAAGUGGGAGUCAAGUCCCAGUCUCAAAGCCGCCGCUGCGGGCGGCAUCACCAAUUCCAGGAAAUCAAGAACACCGAAACUCAAACGGACAUGGUGGUGGUGGGUUUUUCCCUAAUUCCAGACGGUCGGUUGGGAAUUUUUCAACCGUACCGGUGCCAACUAAACAGCAAGAAAAAGUUUUGGUUACUACAGAAUGGGAGACUUUUGACUCGACACCAGCACCCCCGUCAUCAAGCAAUGGCAAUGGCAAUGGCAAUGGCAAUACAAUACAUCCCAAAUUCAGCUGGGAUUUACUUUAAAAUUAUAAUAAAUAUAACAUCAUUCAUAUAUAUAUACAGUGUAGUGUGUGAAGUGAAGUGCUACUUAUGGAAUUUGCGAUUGUCAUCUAUUGUGAUUCUUUGGUGUAGGUAGAGUUUUUUGUCUUUUUACAAAUAAUGAAGUUUAAAAACUGGUAAUAAAUACAUGUUCUUGUUCU